GCCAUCUCCUCCUCCCUCACGCCUUCACCUUUCCCUUUUCCCUCCGUACUGCUUGCAUCAACCCAUUUGUCGUCAAUCAUCAUGGCGCCCCUCGAGGAGAUGCAGCAGGCCCAAGUCAACCGCUCCAUCCGCACCAUCAAGGCCGAGCUCGAAUACCUCUGCGAUGCCACCGUCAUCACCCCCCAAACCCUCUCCGACCUCCUCUCUCGCAUCCCGCCCCAGACCGCCCUCCACGCCCCCAUAUCCGUCGGCGCUCUGCCCAACGCUAUCCCGCAAAACACCGCCACCGGCCUCCAGGCGCCCAUGAACAACCUCAACCUUUCUCGCACGCAGACGAGCGCCAGCAGCAUCAACGAGAAGCAAGACUCCUCCUACCAACCGCCCGCUUCACCACAACCUCCUCCACCAACCUACGCUUCCCAACCACCGCAGGCUUCAUGGGCUCCGCUGUGUCAAGCCACCGCUCUCUACGCCUACACCUCUUCCGAUGCCGGCGAUCUCGAACUACAACCCGGUGAUGCAGUGAGUGUGACGGAGUACAUGAAUGCCGAGUGGUGGAAGGGCCGGUCGAGCCGCACGGGCGCAGAAGGCAUCUUCCCCCGAAGCUAUGUCAAGGUGUCGGAGGAGAAGGCGCAAGACAGCAACACAUCCACCUACGCCAACAACUACGGCAAUGCGCCGCUUGAAGUCUCGCAAAUGGGCGAUGGCACGGGCAGGGUGCCCAGCAAGACCCAGGAGCAAGGCAAGAAGUUUGGCAAGAAGCUAGGCAAUGCUGCCAUUUUCGGCGCUGGUGCCACCAUUGGGAGUAAUAUCGUUAACUCUAUUUUCUGAUACGAUUCGACGAGAGUGCUUUUCUGGAGGUGUAUCGAGCCUGGAGUUGCGGAUUUGGAAAGUAAGUGUGCUUUUAGAUUUCAAUCGGUAUAGAUUGUAGUGGCAGUGCAAUCGCCAUGCGGCCCACGGC